AUGAAGGUGCUCAAACGGGGCUUCCUUGAGCAGUCAUUAUCUCUGCACUGCCUCCUGCAGGUGCUGUGUAAUGACAUCCUCAGCCUGAAGGUGGCAGGAGAUCCAGUGCUAACCCCCAACUCCGUGUGCCUGCGCCUGGCAGGCCUCAGCAAGCGUCAGAUGAGAAUGUGCGUGCGCAGACCUGACGUGACGGCCUCGGCCCUGCAGGGGAUCCAGGUGGCCAUCCACGAGUGCCAGCAUCAGCUCAGGGACCAGCGCUGGAACUGCUCGUCCCUGGAGACCCUGGGCAGGCUGCUGCAUCACAGCGACAUCCUCAAGAGGGGUUUCCGUGAGAGUGCCUUCACAAUGGCCUUAUUAUCAGCGGGUGUGGCGCACUCCGUGAGCUCAGCCUGCAGCAUCGGCAAGCUGCGAGGAUGUGGCUGCGAGGGCAAGCGUCGCCAGGACGAUGACAAGCUGCGGUUGAAGCUCACACAGAUGCAACUGCAGACGCUGCAGAAGGGUGGACUGGGGAUGACUAUGGCACGCUCGCUACCCUUAGGUCACCAUGAUGACCUGCCUGCUGACCUACACUCUGUCCACCACCCUGCGGGGCUCAAGCCUUUUCAGGAUGAGCUGACCUCCAUGCAAGAGACAUGGGAGUGGGGGGGCUGCAACCAUGAAUUUCGUUUUGGGGACCGUUUCUCCAGGGAGUGGCUGGACUCUCGGGGAGCUUCCAGAGACAUCCACGCUCGUAUGAGGAUACAUAACAACCGAGUGGGACGACAGAUAGUGGCUGACAACGUGAAAAGAAGGUGCAAGUGUCACGGCACAUCAGGGAGUUGCCAGUUCAAGACAUGUUGGCAUAUUUCCCCAGAGUUCCGGCUCGUAGGUUCGAUCCUCAAGGAAAAGUUCCUGUCGGCCAUCUUGAUCAACUCCCAGAACAAAAACAACGGCGUUUUCAAUACCCGAACAGGGAACGGCGGCCGCAGGAGAAUGGGCGAACUGAACAGAGGCCGUCGUCGAAGCGUAUCCAGAGAGUUGGUCUACUUUGAGAAGUCUCCCGACUUUUGUGACGGUGACGCGUCCAUAGACUCCCUGGGCACGCAGGGACGGAUCUGCAACAAAACGGGCCACAGCACGGACAGCUGCGGCUCGCUUUGCUGCGGCCGAGGACACAACAUACUGAAACAAACUCACAGCCAACGCUGCAACUGCAGGUUCCACUGGUGCUGCUACGUGCUGUGUGAGGAGUGUCGCAUCACGGAAUGGAUCAGCGUGUGCAAAUAAAUGACCACGCUGUCCUGUCCUGACUGCACAGACAUUUUUGGGGCUCAAAAUCUCCUUUAAUCCCCUCUGCUGUUUUGCGCCUUAUAUCUGACAAUGUGGGGCCCUUUUCUCUCCUCACUAGUGUCAGGUGUGUAUAUGCCUUUUAUAGCUGCUGUUAUUGUCAAAGAUUGAAGAGGUGUUGGAGUAGAUGCUUUAGUCGCCCAGCAAAAUGCUGCCUCCCCUCAUUGUACAGUAGCAAUGUACUUUAACGCCUACAUGUAUAUAUGUAAAUCUAUUUGUAUUAAUGCAAUUACCGAGUGGCUAAGGGGCUCAUUUUAGAAGCAUCUUCAACUCUGCUACAAUAGUUGUAUAUAUAGCACUUGUGGCUUGGAUAGCACUACAAAUUGGGACUUGUCUUUUUUUACAUAACUAAGUUAGAUAUUUGCUUCCUUCACAGAUUUAGAAG